AUGACCACUACUAUCACCACUUUCCAAGUGGCCGAUGUGCUACCCCCCAAGAAUGGCGAGAUUACUAUAGAGAGCAUUGUCCCAAGCCCAGCAGAACCAGAUGUGCCAUUGCCGCCACCGUCAAAAAAGCCCGUCGAGAUUCUAGAAGUCGACAAGAUCACACCAGACAGCCAUGUGCCUCGCGAUCCACGGCUGAUUCGGUUGACGGGUGUGCAUCCGUUCAAUGUAGAGCCACCCCUGACGGCAUUGUAUAAUGAAGGAUUCCUCACUUCUCCGGAACUGUUCUAUGUUCGAAACCACGGCCCAGUGCCGGAAGUCCUCGAUGAAGACAUCCCUAAUUGGGAAAUCAGUAUAGAAGGGCUAGUUGAAAAGCCUUUAGUUCUCAACUUCCGAGAGAUCCUCCAGAAAUACGACCAGAUCACUGCCCCGAUCACACUUGUCUGUGCUGGUAACAGACGAAAGGAACAAAACACGGUUCGGAAAUCGAAGGGUUUCUCAUGGGGCCCAGCAGGAUUAUCAACGGCUCUCUUCACUGGUCCAAUGAUGGCAGAUAUAUUGCGCAGUGCAAAGCCACUCCGACGAGCAAAGUAUGUUUGUAUGGAGGGUGCUGAUAAACUGCCCAAUGGGUUCUAUGGAACUUCAGUAAAGUUGAACUGGGCCAUGGAUCCACAUCGAGGAAUCAUGCUAGCCCAUAAGAUGAACGGCGAAGACCUUCGCCCAGACCAUGGUCGCCCGCUGCGAGCGGUAGUGCCUGGUCAAAUCGGCGGACGAAGCGUGAAAUGGUUGAAGAAGUUGAUUCUGACCGACGAACCAAGUGAUAACUGGUAUCACAUCAACGACAACCGUGUGCUGCCUACAAUGGUGACGCCUGAAAUGUCUGCGCAGGAUCGCAAGUGGUGGACUGAUGAGCGAUAUGCCAUCUACGAACUCAAUGUCAACUCAGCGGUGGCAUAUCCACAACAUGAAGAAGUUCUUGAUUUGGCAACUGCGGGACCAAGCUAUACAGUAAAGGGUUAUGCUUAUGCUGGUGGCGGGCGAAGGAUCACCAAAGUUGAGAUCUCCUUGGAUAGAGGCAAAUCAUGGCGACUGUCCGAGAUCGAGUACGCAGAAGACAAAUAUCGCGAUUUUGAGGGCGACCUCUUCGGCGGUAAAGUGGAUAUGUGGUGGAGGGAAUCGUGUUUCUGCUGGUCGUUCUGGUCCCUGAACAUCCCGGUAUCAGAUUUAGAGACCAGCGACGCAAUUCUGGUCAGGGCAGUGGAUGAUGCAUUGAGCGCCCAGCCGCGUGACAUGUACUGGUCUGUCCUGGGUAUGAUGAACAACCCCUGGUUCCGAGUGACAAUCACGAAAGAGGGUAAUACUCUCAAGUUUGAGCAUCCCACGCAUCCAUCUCGGGCAGGUGGGUGGAUGGAAAGAGUGAAGAAGGAAGGUGGUGAUUUACUCAAUGGUACCUGGGGUGAGAGACAGCAAGGCGAAGAGCCUGUUGCGCCGGAGCCUGUGAGCGAGAUCAACAUGAAGAAGGACGGUGUGAGCCGACAGAUCGACUUGCAAGAGUUCAAAGCCAACAGCAGCAGUGAAAAGCCUUGGUUUGUGGUCAAUGGCGAGGUUUAUGAUGGAACAGGCUUCCUUGAGGGCCAUCCUGGUGGAGCGAUCAGUAUCACAUCCUCUGCCGGUCUGGAUGUAUCCGAAGACUUCCUUGCAAUUCACAGUGAAACUGCGAAAAAGAUGAUGCCCGAUUAUCAUAUUGGUACAUUGGACAAGGCAUCCCUUGAGGCAUUAAACCAGAAAUCAUCCUCAAGUUCAAGUGAACCACGCGAAGUCUUCCUCCAGUCGCGAGAAUGGACAAAGGCCACCCUCACAGAGAAGAAGAAUGUGUCAUGGGACACAAGGCUAUUCAUCUUCGACCUGGAGCACGAGAAGCAAACCCUGGGUUUACCGAUCGGUCAGCAUCUGAUGAUCAAGGUCCAAGACCCAAUCGGCAACGAAGCAGUGAUCAGAUCAUAUACCCCAAUGUCAGACACGAAUCUGAUAGGAAAGAUGGAAUUACUGGUGAAGAUUUAUUUCCCAAGUGAAACAAUUCCAGGAGGCAAGAUGACGCUAGCCCUGGACAAACUCGCAUUGGGCUCAGUGAUCGACUGCAAGGGUCCAACUGGUCGAUUUGAGUAUCUUGGCAAUGGUCGAGUCUCGAUUGCCGGCAAGGAACGCCACCUCCGCUCAUUUAAGAUGAUUUGCGGAGGAACAGGUAUCACUCCAGUCUUCCAAGUCCUGAGGGCUGUUAUGCAAGACUCGCAAGAUCCAACUCAGUGUGUUGUCCUCAAUGGAAACAGACAAGAAGAGGAUAUUCUAUGCCGCUCAGAUCUUGAUGCUUAUGUGGCCCUUGAUCAGAGGAAAUGUAACGUCGUGCACACGUUGACAAAGGGAUCAGAUACUUGGACUGGUCGACGAGGUCGCAUUUCAGAAGAACUUCUUGCAGAGUAUGCGGCCCCGGAAGAGCAGAGUAUGGUUUUGGUUUGUGGACCUGGGCCCAUGGAGAAGUCUGCCCGGGCGAUCCUGCUCGCUCAAGGCUGGAAUGAGUCGGACCUGCACUUCUUUUAG